CCGGCCAAUCUGAUCUUUUGAAUUUUACACCAAACAAAAAAAUGGUGGCAAUGGUGUCUUUGGUCGCUUCUUCUCUUACAUGCUCAAGCCUUACUCUGAAUCUCCUUCCCAUUCUGCGUACGGAAGCACCUUUACUCUCCAGGAAGCGUCGAGCAGCUUCUGUGGUGGCAACAUCUUCUAGAGAUGAUAACGAUACCGUCGCUGAUUCUUCUCAGAAACCCACCAAAUUCGUCACAUUUCUCGGCAAAGGUGGCUCCGGCAAGACCACCGCCGCUGUUUUCGCCGCUCAGCAUUACGCAUUGGCUGGGCUCAGUACAUGUUUGGUGGUACAUAAUCAAGACCCUUCUGCUGAUUUCCUCCUUGGAAGCAAGAUUGGGACUUCUCCUACCUUGAUCAACGACAAUCUCUCUGUGAUUAGGCUCGAAACCACAAAAAUGCUUCUAGAGCCUCUUAAACAGCUGAAGCAAGCAGAUGCUCGACUUAAUAUGACCCAAGGGGUUCUUGAAGGGGUAGUAGGUGGUUGGAGAAGAGCUAGGAGUGCUUCCAGGCAAGCAACCCGAAAGAACCACAAGGGGAAGCCUUUUGAUGUUAUAAUUUACGAUGGUAUUAGCACUGAGGAAACUCUUCGGAUGAUAGGUCUAAGCAGUAAAACAAGAUUGUAUGUGAAAUAUCUGAGAAGUUUGGCCGAGAAGACAGACUUGGGAAGGCUAACAAGUCCUUCCAUUAUGAGAUUUAUUGAUGAGUCAAUGAACAUAAGCGGCAAUAAGUCGCCUUUCGAUGGUAUGACAAGUCCUGCCAUGUGGGAUACUUUGGAACGUUUCUUGGAGACCGGUGCUUCUGCGUGGAGAGAUCCAGAGAGAUUCAGGAGUUUUCUUGUAAUGGACCCAAAUAAUCCUAUCUCUGUUAAAGCUGCAUUACGGUAUUGGGGAUGUACUGUACAAGCAGGAUCUCAUGCUUCUGGGGUGUUUGCUAUUUCUUCUUCUCAUCUGACAAGCAAAAUCCCAAAAGAAGAUUUUGUGCCGCUGCCCUUUGCAUCUGCAUCAGUUCCAUUUACUAUAACUGGUCUGGAUUGGGACAAAAUCCUGCUGGACCAAGCGAAUUCAAGUAUCCGGGAACUUCUUUCUGAAACUGUUAGCCAUGGAACCAGCUUGACACAAACAGUAAUGUUUGAUUCAGCAAAGAAAUUGGUGACUCUUUUCAUGCCGGGGUUUGAAAAAUCGGAAAUCAAACUGUAUCAGUACAGAGGAGGUUCUGAGCUCUUAAUAGAAGCUGGGGACCAAAGACGUGUAAUUCAUUUACCUCCUCAGAUUCAAGGAAAAGUUGGUGGAGCAAAGUUUCUGGACAGAAGUCUCAUCAUCACAAUGCGGUAAUACAUUUUGGAAGAACUAAUUUGUUCUUUUUGUACACCAGAGAUGUGUAGUUUGU